AUGGCUCACAGUGGUCACAAAGACCCGGCUGUUGGAGAUGCACGCGCAGACUCCAUGGAAAAAGAAGACGCCUCCCACCUCAAGCGCGAGGAUAAUGUUGUCGAUCUUACAGCUGACUCAGACGACGAACAAAAACUGACCUCAUCCAAUGCACAAACGCCAAAUGUCAUUGACCUAGAUGACGAAGAUGACGAUGAAGAUUUUCGCCGAGCUAUUGCUCUGUCUAUGCAGGAAAUGAAAGCUCCACAGGACUUAGACGACGUUGUUUCUGUCGAAAAUUCAGAUAAAAAGGAUGACGCCGCAAGUGACAAGUCUGGUCAUACCUUGUCCACAGAAGCAUUCGGACUCAGAGAUGACAACGACAAAGCCACGGCACCACAAAAUGCAUUCAGUAUCCUAGGACUCGACCGCAAAAAAUUGGAGGAAGAACGACUUGCCCGCGUUGCAAAGCGCAAGGCAGAAUCCAGUAUUUCACCGCCGCCAUUACGACGUGACGCCAAACUAGUUAAACGAGAUGUUGUCGAUAUCGACAAGUUAGCAUGGUCCAGAUCUCCACCCUCACAACCUCUCUCGCAACAAACAGCCAAGGAGGCCGAUUCUGCAGCGCAGGCCAUUGCCAAUGUGAAGGCAACCCCACAGGCAACAACGGUGCAGCCAUCUUCUGUUCCAUCACUGCGGUUCCCUAAAGGUGUUAUCAAAAAGACCUGGGCAUUCGGGUGUGCAAGGAUUGGAGAUGAUAUCAAGAUCGAAGAGGUUUUGCAGAGUUCUGACCUACAACUUGCCAUUCUAAGCUCUUUCCAGUGGGACAUGGAAUGGCUUUUUUCCAAAUUUCGUACACGCGACACCAGGUUUAUGCUUGUGAUGCAGGCUAAGGAGGAAUCUACCAAAUAUCAAUACGAAGAAGAAACAGCCGACAUGCCGAACAUUCGUUUGUGCUUUCCGCCGAUGGAUGGACAGGUCAACUGCAUGCAUUCGAAGCUCAUGCUAUUGUUUCAUCCUGAGUAUCUACGAAUUGUUGUUCCUAGUGCAAACUUGGUUCCUUACGAUUGGGGUGAACAGGGCGGAGUCAUGGAGAAUACCGUCUUUUUGAUUGAUCUUCCAAGAAGUUCAGAGACCGCUAGUACAAAAACAGCUUUCUACGACGAGCUAGUCUACUUCCUGAAGGCCAGCACACUGCGUGACGGCCUUAUAGAGAAAUUAACCCAUUUCGAUUUCAAGGAAACAAGCCGCUACGCAUUUGUUCAUACUAUUGGAGGCUCACACAUUGGUGAAGCCUGGAGACGGACAGGUCACUGCGGACUUGGGAAGGCUGUGCAGUCCUUAGGUCUGAGGACACAUGAGCCGAUCAACAUUGAUUUUGUGACCUCCUCCAUCGGCUCAUUAACAGACGAAUUUAUGCGAUCCAUUUAUCUCUCAGCACAGGGAGACGACGGAACAACCGAAUAUACUCUCCGCACCUUCAAAACCUUCCCCAUCAGCACCACCGACGACAACCCCAUCCAACGAAACACCGGCGCAGAAUGGAAGAAACAUUUCCGCGUCUACUAUCCUUCCGAUCAAACUGUCUCAAAAUCCAAAGGCGGCUAUCGAAACGCAGGCACAAUCUGUUUUCAGGAGAAAUGGUUUGACGGCCCCAAGUUUCCUAGACACGUACUGCACGACUCUAUAAUAUUCAUUCGCCCAGCAUCCACAGACGCAAAAAUCACUCACCCCGACGGCUCCAGCUGUGCUGGAUGGGCGUACGUUGGCAGCGCAAACUUAUCAGAGAGUGCAUGGGGCAGAAUCGUACACGACCGCACGAGAAAAGCACCAAAACUCAACUGCCGCAAUUGGGAAUGUGGUGUUCUUGUCCCUGUUGAUGUUGAUCUCUCUUCUUCUUCUUCUUCGUCCUCGUCACAUAGACUUGGCGAAGUAAAGGAAGACAACGACGAAAAUCAGGGAAAGGAAGAAGAAAAAGAUAUUCUCGCGCACGUCUUUGGGGCUACGGUUCCUGUCCCAAUGCGAGUUCCUGCGCCGCCGCUCGGGGCGGAAUUGAAGCCUUGGUAUGGCGCGUGGUGA